UGCUUCUCCUCCGCCCAGUCAGCUGAUCACGUAGAGAACACGCUGGACUCUCGGGUUUAAGGUUGGACUCGAACCGCGGCCGAACCUUCCGAGGCGGGUUACACCUUUGGUGUUUGGACUGCUGUCGAGGGCGAGCUGUGACGGGGGAAGGGUCGGUGUGUUUAUCGGACUCUGUGCCCGCGGCGGGUCGGUUUGGCUGUGAGCUGGACAGUCCGACAGUAACUAACCCAGUCGUCCGUCUCAGGCGCUUAAAUAAUCCAGCUGGUGUCAGAGGAUGGCGGCGUAUCCUAAAUCCCACAACCCCUUCGCCGAGGAUGAUGACGAGGAACAGGCAGGGCCGAGGAGAGGCUUUAACUUUGAUGAUGAAGAAGACGAAGAGCGAAAGCUGAGCCCUGCCGAGCGGCGGCAGCGGCAGCUCGAGCAGGAAGUGAUGCGCACAGCAAAGUCCGCUGUGGACAGCAGCAAUCGGUCACUUGGUCUGAUCUAUGAAUCGGAAAAAGUCGGAACUGAGACAGCAGAGGAGCUGAUUCGCCAGGGUGAGGUUUUGAAGAGGACAGAGAGAAUGGUUGAUAACAUGGAGCAGGACAUGAGGACCAGUCAAAGGCACAUAAACUCCAUUAAGAGUGUAUGGGGGGGUCUGGUCAAUUACUUCAAAGGCAAACCUGAGCCAAGGCCUCCGCAGAAGGAACCUCCCACAGCCUAUCAGGCCAACAGCAGGCUACAGACUGCACUGACCGAGAGCAAAGACCAGGAGGGUAAAUACGAGGCCAGCCACCCCAACCUAAGGAAACUGGACACAUCCGGGUUUGGAGCUUCUGCUUCAUUUGAUAAUGAACCCUCCAGUCAGAAUGGAUACCCAAAGAAUAAACAGCUGAGAGCUGCUCAUCAACAACUGGACAAUAACCUAGAUGAGAUGUCUCUGGGUCUGAGUCGGCUGAAGAACUUGGGACUCGGGCUGCAGGCAGAGAUUGAUGAUCAAGACGUUUCUCUGGAUUCACUGCUUAAUAAAGUGGACUCCAUGGAUGGCAAGAUCAGCUCCACCAACCGGCAGAUCAAGAACCUUAAAUGAGGUUAGAGACUGCUAUCAACUCCAGCGGCUACCCGGGUGUUCAAGAAGACGGUGUAGACAGUUUGAAAGCAUUCAGUUGUGUGUAUAUUCUUUGAGUGGGCCGGUCAGAACUUUUUUUUUUUUUAGUUUUAAGUUUUACUGUUCUCCCAGAAGUAUCAGUGUAGCUGGUCUCCCUUCACAGCGUCACAAUUCACGGAAGGUAAAAGCUAAUGCAUGGAUCUUCAAGUCAUUUGAAUUUUUGUUGAGUGUCCAGUCAUGCAGAAUUGGCCAAACGUCCAACUCUACCACGUGACGAGGUUAAUCUGCAGACUGGCCUGCUGGCCUUCUGACAGUGCCGCUAGUCAAAAUACAAGCAGAACUGUUCACACGACACUCGCACUCAUGUUAUUUGAGCAUUUUUUUCUGUACUAGAACGAGGUGUGCCACUUUUUAUACUUAUAGCUUUUUAGUUAGGCAGCCCAGAUCAAUCAUUUCACAUACCUUUUGGUCAUACAUGCUGAAGGGACUGAAAAGAAAGUACAGGGUUUAUGAUUAGAACACUAACUGGAAAAUAGUUGCAGCAGGAAAGUUUUGGGCCAGUUAUUCAUGCCUUAAUGCUAAAAUCUCAUUGGUUCAGUUUCUUCACUUUCUUAAUUGGUCAUAGCGUUCACUGCAUGAGUCUUAACGUAUCUUACAUUGAAUCCACACUUGAUGCCUUUUUUCAUCUUGAAUUAAGUGUUUGGUUUUUUUUUUUUUGACUGAUGGGGAAAUGUUCAAAUGUGUCACCAUUCAAGUUCUCGUUGUUUUUCAUUUUUAAAGAAGUUAAUAGGUUAUGUUUCACGAUCCGAAAGAGCUUUACGUAUGUCAUAACUCAGUAAAAGCCACAUCAGGAAUUUGUAAAGCACUUUCCUGUGUAAAAUGUAGGCUGUAUUUCCACUGACUGUUGAAUAUGUUCCAAGUACAACACUCUGCUGGUAAGCUGGAAAAGUAGGUUGGGUCACGCGAUUGACAAACAACUCAUAUCUAAAAAAAGUGAGUUUAAAUGUGAUAUUUUAUGCUGUUUAUCAACAUUGAUGCAUUCAGAGAUGUAGGCAUGACAUGAAAGAGGGCAGCGUGGCCUCAGCUUGGGUAGUGGGACUGCCUCCUUGUUGAACUGAAAUCUCAAUGUGAUUCUCAGUAGAAGUGAUUCUAAAUUAAGCUUAAGGUCAUUGUAUUCAAAUGGAAUUGUUACUCCCUUUCAGAGCAAGCCACGUUUGUAUGAAACCAAAUGUGGUAUGAAAUGUAUUAAGUGAAGAAAAAUAAUAAUAAAAUGACAUUUUACGUAA